AUGGCAGCGGCAGCAGGAAGCGUGGUGCCCGGUCUGGCAGACCGACCCGUCAAGAACACCAUCUGCCUCUUCGACGUCGAUGGAACGCUCACCCCCGCGAGACGAUCCGUCUCCCCCGAAAUGCUCCAGCUCCUCUCCCAACUCCGCCACAAGGUCGCCAUUGGCUUCGUGGGCGGCUCCGACCUCGCCAAGCAGCAAGAGCAACUCGGCACCGCCUCGAUACCCGUGACCACCCUCUUCGACUUCUGCUUCGCCGAGAACGGUUUGACCGCCUACCGCAUGGGCCAGCCUUUGGCGAGCCACUCGUUCAUCAAGUGGAUUGGAGAGGACAACUACAAGAAGCUGGUCAAGUUUAUCCUGCACUACAUCGCAGAUCUGGAGAUUCCAGUCAAGAGGGGAACAUUCGUCGAAUUCCGCAAUGGCAUGAUCAACGUCAGCCCUGUGGGCAGAAACGCCAGCGUGCAAGAGCGUCAGGAUUACGAGAAGUUUGAUCUGGAGCAUAAGAUCCGAGCCCAAUUCAUUGAGGCUAUCAAGAAGGCUUUCCCAGACCUGGGACUGACAUAUUCGAUUGGUGGCCAGAUCUCUUUUGACGUCUUCCCCGCCGGCUGGGACAAGACCUACUGCCUCCAACACGUGGAGAACGAGAAGAACCUGCCCGGUGGUGUCGAGUACAAGACGAUCCACUUCUUUGGUGACAAGACGUACAAGGGCGGCAACGAUUACGAGAUCUACGAGGAUCCACGCACUGUCGGCCACAGUGUGAAGAACCCAGAGGAGACUAUGGCAGAGCUCAAGAAGCUGUUUGACUUGUAG